AUGUCGACAAUAGUCGCUGCUGUUGAGUGUCGUGGGUUGUUCUCCUCGUCAUUUGCCUUAAUUCUGUUGAGGGUUUAGUGGCAACUCAGAUAGCAUGAGGAGUCAAUACGUAUGACAGGAUCGCUUUUCUAAAUGUUCGCACCGGAGCAAUAGAGCUGGAUCCUCCCCAGCUGAGGAUUUUAGGCAGGUGGAAUUAGAAAGAAUUCUGGGUGAAUUCUGUAUUGCGAAUAAAUGUGCAAGCUAUUCGUACUAUUCGUACAGGACACGGCUCUCCUUCGUUAGGGAUCUGCUCCUCGACACGACUCAGGACGAACGAACGAAAGCACGUCACCAAGGCAUCCAGGUCAGCGUGGUGUGGCAUUGCUCCCGGGUGCACCCAAUCCCAUGCUCGGGGAGUUUGUCUGACAAUCAUAAUCAACGAGAGUGUGUCACGUGAUUUGCUGUGCACUAUAGCCACGUCGUAGACAGGAACAGCCCGAGUGAAGCACUGGCGAGGGUAUUGCACGUAUACACGUGCUCGCCUUUCUAUUCAGUGUGAGUAUCCGGCGGAUACUUGAAACAUUGCCGCAGAGCACCGCCUAGUUCAGACCGCGCCGCAGAGAUCUGGUUCAGAGCAGCCGCCGGGUGGAACAGGUGACCUGUAAAAAUCACGCGUGUACAUUGAAUCCUGAGGUAUGACAUCAUACUCAUCCGUCAACCAGUCACCUGUCACACGGUUACAAACAUACUAGCAGUGCUCCCUUUCCAGAUUGGCGUAAGGUUAUAAUUUUUUAUAUUUUAUUUUAAACCACGCACGCAAUUCGUGAACGGCAGGAAAGCAGCAAUGCUCCGUGUAGCAGUGACGGGCGGGGCUCUGCGCCGCUGCGCCUGCAGCAGCAGCUGCGGUGAUGUCAUGGCGGCGAGGUCGCCGUCAGGCGGUGUGAGUGCCUGUACUCGUACCCGGGCCGCCGGGCGUGUGUGUGGUGCCGGUCACGUGGCUGCACGGCAGCGGCACGGCGCGCUAUCGACGCGUGGCCUGUGUACGUCGACAGGCGGCCAUAGCGGUAGUGAUGGCGGCGAGGGGUUGCUAGCUGACGAUAGGACGGAGUACAUGCGCACUCUGCUCACGCCCGACUGCUUCUCGCGCGAGGUUCUCAUUCGCACCGGCGACGUCGAGCUAAUCCAGCAGCUCGUCGUCACCGAACAACAAGAUCUGAAACGCAGCAAGAACAUUGGCGACCUGUUUUACAACAUGGACGCCAUCCUGGCAGUCAACUUUGAUUGGCGGUUCCAGACUGAAGAGGAUGCGCUGUGGGAGCAAUUCUCGGCGCUACUCGGCGCCAAGUGGUCUCGCCUGGUUCGUUACGGCUACGAUUCCAGCAAGGCAUUGGCAAUAAGCAGACGACUGGGUCAACUCGUACACGACCGACGCCGGCCUCCUGAACGGAUCGUAAGCAUUGUUGAAAAGCUGAUAACGGAUUGCGGUUUGAAAAUUGAGGAUGCGUCGCCGGCUUUUGCUACAGCUGCUUGUCAGGAAGGCGUAAUCAUGGAACCCAGUUCAAUGCCAAUGCGCUGGCUGGAGGUAUUGCCCCAGUACUUGGCAAGUCCCGGCAUUAAACUGGCCCCAUUCGUAGUCAUGCUCAUGAUAAUGCGGACUGCCUUGCCGAGUUCCACCCUCCGUCCACUUGUCUUGGACGUGUGCGAGCGGAGUGUGAGUGCCGUCAGGAAGAAUAACAACUUAAGCGCGGCUCUGGCGUCGAGUAACUCCACGGAUGACCUGCUGAUGCUCCUCCGGUUGUCUGUCUCCAUCCUGGGAAAGGAAGACUUUGUCAGUGGAGAGUUUUACGAGAAACUUAGCAAGGCCGUACUCAGCUCAUGCUAUUCCCUUCAGCCAAAACAGCUCGCCAGCUUUGUGAAGUCUGUCUCUCAGCUACCGCCUCGUUGCUACCAGCCAACGCUAGCUGCUGAUGUAGCCGAUAGAGUGCAGAGGUUUCGCGAUACACGCUCCUUGCCGCCUCACGUCCUCGUUCUCGCGGCCAAGGUGACGGCGUCGCAUGAUUUCGCGUUUGCCGCCGCCUGUGUGCGAGACGCUCCCGCACAGGACCUGGUCACACUCUACGUCCCCAGCGUGGAGACUCUGUCCUCGCACCAUGCUUUGCUGGCAAUGCUGCAUGACUGUGUGUUCGGCGCGGCGAGGAAGAACUUCACGGUCCUGGAAACACUGCACCGGCGGCUUCGCGGCACAGCCCAUGCUCAAACGCUUUGCCUGGGAGUGGCGGAGCGCCUGCUAUCGACAUGCAAUCUAGUCGGAGUUCUGAGCAGCUCUUUGGAUGCUCAAAAGGGUACAGGGGAUGACAGCAGCAGCAGCAGCAGCACAGAAGCUGCCAUCACAAGCAAACGUAUUGACCGUGCAACAGCAACAGAUCUUCAAAUCGCCGUGUAUCUGGCUAGGAAUCUCUCCCCGAUGCCGCAAUGGUAUCGCCAGGCGUUGUCGGACGCCUUGCGAAACCUCGGUCAGGUUUCCUUUCCUCUCUUCUCUCCUGAGGACGUGGCCGACCUCGCCAGCACUCUUAUCGUGGAAGCGUCGAUUGCCUCUCCCGAGUUGGCACGCUCCGUUGCCGAGCAUUUAACCGAGAACGGCAACGAGUGGCGCGAUGCACUGCAUCGACGGCCGCUGAGCAAGCUGGUGCGGACGAUGUGCCAGAUGCCCGGCGUGUUCUCCGACGCGCUGUGCAUGGUGCUCGACUGGUACGUCCGCGGAGAGCUGGGCCAGUGCGACACCAAGCUUGCAGUGUGUCUGUGUCUCAACGCCCAUGCGCUGGAUCUGCAAGAGCACCACCAACAACAGCAGCAGCAGCACUGCGAGGCUACACAGCUGACGACUAGAGAAUAUUUCCCGGCCGUGCUGACGCGUGCCGUCCAGACGCGCGAUCUGUUCGUCACCGGCAACGCAUUGCUGUCCGACCCUGCCCUGUGCACUUUCAUACAGCAAUUGCUGUUGGUUGUGUGGGCCUCUGCAUCCACUGCAUCGCACAGAAAGGCGACAACAGAAACGGGUUGUGGUCCAGCAGCAGCUGGCACGCCAGGCGCUGACACGUUUCAGAAACUUGCCGCGGCAUGUCGGCAAGUUGCAGGAAUGGCCGAGACGCUUUGCUCCGAUGCAUCCGAUACAGCACGGCCACAGGAGCCACCAUUGACGCGCCGACAGGAAGAGUUUUGGAUCGCAACCACAGCACUCGACGCCAGUUGCACCGUUGGCGAGUGGCAGGCGGGUUUAGGGUCGUCGGCAACAGCUUCCAGCGGCGAUGCCACAUCUCGAGCGUUUUCCGCUGCCAAUACACGGUCUCAACAACGGAGCUCAGUCGCAAUCAACAAAUCCCGGCCAGGCGACCAGAGUGGAGCCGGACGUCUCGUGAAAUUCGUCACCUCCAUAUUCCGCCAUCGUCCGGAGCAACCUGAGCGGGCGAGCCUCAACGCCGCCAGUGCUGCAUCGUCACAACCCGUCGUCACCAAUGGCAACGACAGCAGCGCAACCGACGGCAACACGGCCGCGAACAGAGCGUCGCUACUGGUGGGGAAGGUGCUGAGCGAGCGCAGCAACACUGUAAGUUCACUGGACUGGAUACGGUCUAGCGAGCUGCUACUCGACCCCGACUCACUGGAGCAGCGGCAGCAUGGAGGAGGGAAAGAAAAGGACUGGAAACGAGGGCACAACGACAUCGACGACACGGUGGAUAACUUUAUGUAUGAUGAUGUCAUGCGCAUUCUCUCUGGACCGGCGCGUACCGCAGCCACCCACACAGACACUGCCAGUAGAACGCAGAGCGCUACCCGUACAACACAGAGCACUGGAAGUACACAGAGUAUUGCCAGUACGCAUAGCGUAGCCAGCAACACAGACACUGCCAGUACAAGGCUGAGCGCUGCCGGUACGCUGAGCAUUGCCAGCAACACAGUGCAGAGAACUCCCAGCUAUACAGGCACUGCCAGUAUGCAAGGCACUGGCAUUACACAGAGCACUGCCUCCAGUACUAUGCAGAGCACUGGUCGUAAGCCAGCAGGAACGCUGUCUUUGCCAGCCCCGUCCCAGUCUCAGCCCACUGAUGUUGAUAGUCUUGAAGCAAUCGAGCAGCUGCUGGGCGUGGACGGCUGUCAGACUACUCCCAUGGUUGGGCCUACAGCUAUGACUAGUUCAGUUCUUGCACAAGCCAAGCGAAUACUGUCCGAUCAGGUGAGCUUCGCCGAGAGGAAACGGCGAGGGGCUAAAGACGUGCAAGUUCCGUCAGCCCAUGCCUCGGCACUGCUAAAGGGUAUCCUGCGCCGGAGAUUGAAGCACGUCGAAGUGCUCCCAGGCUGGUAUUCCGACGUUCUGCAGUAUGACCCCGUCCUAGCGGAGUUCCAUGCUUGGAUGCCAACAGGGAGUUCUGCACAGCACCUGUCCAAGCCAUGGCAGCAGGAGAUACUCCCCCCGCAGCAACACCAUCAGCAUUAUCAGUACCAACAGCAGCAACAGCAACAACAUUAUCAUUCUUCGCAGCAACACCAGCACCACCACCAGCAGCACCUGCAGUACCAGCAGCAGCAGCAGCACCAGCAACAGCAGCAGCAGUACCAGCAGCAGUACCAGCAACAACAGCAGCAGCAGCAGCAGCAUCCCUUACACUCCCAUCAUCAACCUGCAUACAACGCUGCGUCUUUGCGCCCCCGGCAUGGCCGUGCCGGUGGAGUGGGUCACGCUGCUGUUAGCGGCAGCGGCAGCAGUUCAAUGCGCUGCGUUGCUUUGUUCCCAGUUACUGACAAAAACAUGCCAAGUCUACACAUAGCGGUGCCGUCAUCACUACGCUUGGCCUUACUCGCACUCAUCCACAAGGGAUACUACAUAGUGCCCGUACCGUUGCGAGAGUCUGACUCCCCGCAGGUCGUUGCCGAGAGCUUAUCCCGCGAGCUCAAGCGUUUCUUUCCCAAUGCCACCCUGCCGCCAAUGGUCACGAGCCAUUCAAGCUACAGUAACAACACCGAGGAGGGUGGCAUAAGCUCUACCAUCACUCGCGCCGCCAUGCGCUCACAGUAACCAGACAAUAGUGUGAACACGUGCGUAGCAGAUGCAUCACGUUCGCCUCGUCGUGGCUACUAGUACUAAUGAAAUUCAUCAUGGCUGCAAGCUGGCACGUUUUGUUUUAUGCUUCCUGUUUGGAUUAUAUCAGACGCACCAAACCAGUUUGUGGUGCGUCUUAUCUACUCCCAUCUCACCGCGCUUUAGGAGCUGCAUCUGCGCCGUGAUCCUUGAGGGAUGACGGCGUUCCUACGGAUGCGGAAACUCGGCCUCUAGCCUAGUUUCACACGAAGCGUGAACGCUUUUAGAUUGUACGACCUUUACCCUAGUGCACUAGGCAUCCGUCUUUGCCAGCCCUCAUCACCUCACCCUGACCCUCUGGACAUUUCCUAAACAAAAUUUCACAAUUUGGCUAGGUUUAUGCCACAUUUUGGCCGGGUUUUAUUUUUUGAUGUGACUUGUGCCUGGCUCUGAGUGUACGAAGUCAUCGGAGAAAAAGAAGAAAAAAUCGUGAUUUUCGUGACGUGACUUCGAAGUAUUUUUUUUAAUUUUCUACUCCCAUUCCCAUGCCAGGCAGAAUUUGAGAUGUUUGAUUUCAGCAUGUCUCCAUGGUAACACUAUGGCUUCCAUCCUCAGAGUUGAGUUGUUAUUAUUUUUAUGCUAUUUUAGUCCAUACAAUCAUGUACAUGUACAUGAUCGUGCACUUGAAUGCCUUUGCCUGUAUUUAAUUAAAUCAUGAUUCCUAAUUCCCAUGCUUCCACGGCUUCCGCUGUGACUUCCACAGCCUGUGUGGAGUGCUGCAGUUUAUUAGUUUUCUGCAAGUCUAAAAAUGUAAUAUAAACCAGCCGAACACAACGCAAACCUACGCUGCCGUUGAGCCUGUACACGCAACUUUGGCUCCACAUGCCCCUUGCAUAGAUCUGUCUGAUCCACAGCGCUCCAGCCUAUAAUCUGCUGCUAUAAUGAUACGCUCGUCCUGUGCGUGCAUAUGGACCAGCCAGAUAUCAGAAACUGCAACUAUUUUCAAAACUUAGCACUAGCUGUAUAACGCAACGUAAGAAAAUGAAAAACAAUUGGAAAAAUGAA